UCGAUGAGAGUCCGUGAGGGGAAGAAAGGGGGCUUGGCGGUGUGAAGGCGCUCGAGGGCGGCCCUUGGGAGAGAGGCGCGGGGGGUCGGCGGCUGUUCUCUUCCACGCGCGCCGCUCUGGGAGGCCCAUUGCCCUCCAUGGCCGACGGAGGGAAAGGAGGAUACAACGAACAUGAUGAUCGUGUGGGUGGAGGUGGUGGCGGCGGCGGUGGUGGUGGUGGCGGUGGCAGGGGCUUCCCUGGUCGGAGGAGAAAAGGCCGGGGGCCCUUCCGAGGGAAGAUGUACAGUGAGAUGAACCAUCACCAGCGAAACUGGAGCAGUGCAGGCCCCAGUCCUCGUAACCGCCUGGAAGAGGAGGACGGAGACGUUCUCAUGAGUGACCCUCACGAUGCGCUUCGAUCCCGCUACACUCCUUAUGGGUCACGUCCGAACCGACACGAACGGGAACGAGGAAGUCUAAGCAAUAUAAGCCUCACAGUGCGACGGAAUCUGAAUAUCGCAGAGCGGACCGUCCCUAGAAGCAAUGUCUCCAAGAAGUCCUGGUUCAAGGUUACGAUUCCCUAUGGGAGGAAAUAUGAAAAGGCCUGGAUUAUUACUGCCAUUCAGAACUGGUGCAGCGUCCCCUUCACUCCUGUAGAGUUUCACUACACCACUAAUCGACUAGCGUUCUAUGUGGAGGACGCUGCUGUGGCCAAUGCUCUCAAGCAGGUGUCCCGGAAGAUUGUUGCCCCAGAUGGCUACAAGGUGGUGAUACUCAUAAACCCAUGCAAUCCCCCUGUAACUGUCCAGCGUGAACUAAAACCAGAAGAGAUUGAGCAGCUGAAGCAAUGCAUGAGUAAAAGAUAUGACGCUUCCCAGCAGGGCAUGGACCUGAAGAACAUUCACACAGAUCCAGAUUUAGUGGCACAAAACAUUGAUAUGGUGUUGAGCCGCCGAAGCUGCAUGCUAGCUGUUCUCCAGAUCAUCCAGGAGAAUAUCCCUGAGCUCCUUUCUCUGAACUUGAGUGACAACAAGCUCUAUCGGCUAGACGAUCUGGCCGACCUGCCCCAGAAGGCUCCUAACCUGAAGAUGCUCAAUUUGUCCUGCAACCAGUUGAAGACAGACCGUGAGCUGGACAGGUUGAAAGGCUUGAAGCUCGAGGAACUCUGGCUGGACAGCAACCCACUGUGUGAUAACUUCCGGGACCAGUCCACCUACAUCAGCGCCAUCCGAGAACGGUUUCCAAAGCUGCUGAGGCUGGAUGGUCAUGAACUCCCUCCUCCUAUCUCUUUUGAUGUUGAAGCGCCAACCACCCUGCCUCCCAGCAAGGGCAGUUAUUUUUGCUCUGAAGCCUUGAAAGUGCUUAUUGUACAAUUUCUGCAACAAUACUACGCCAUCUAUGACUCUGGGGACCGGCAAGGACUAUUGGAUGCUUACCAUGAUGGAGCCUGCUGCUCCAUGAGCAUCCCCUUCUCAAUGCACAACCCCUCCAGGAGCAGCUUGGCUGAAUACUUCAAGAACAGCCGGAAUGUGAAGAAGCUUAAGGAUCCCACCAUGCGCUUCAGGCUCCUCAAGCACACAAAAUUGAACGUUGUAGCAUUCCUCAGUGAGCUGCCCAAGACUCAGCAUGAUAUUAAUUCCUUCGUGGUGGACGUCUGUGCACAAACGAACACGCUGCUGUGUUUCACUCUCAGUGGGAUCUUCAAAGAAGUGGAUGGCAAGUGUCGGGACUCGGUGCGGGCCUUCACCCGGGUGUUCAUCGCUGUGCCUGUUGGCCACAAUGGGCUGUGCAUCGUGAAUGACCAGCUGUUCAUCCGGAAGGCCACCAACAUGGAAAUCCGUAAAGCUUUCGUCAUGCCAGCGCCCACGCCCUCCUCCAGCCCCGUGCCCACGCUCACGGCAGAGCAGCAGGAAAUGCUGCAAAAUUUCUCACUGCAGUCAGGCAUGAACCUCGAGUGGUCUCAGAAGUGCCUCUUGGACAAUGAUUGGAACUACGCUAAAGCUGCCCAUGCCUACACCCAGCUCAAGGCUGAGCAGAAGAUCCCAGAAGUGGCUUUCAUCCACUGAACACGGGCACCAUUGCCCUGACCAAAACUACCAAGCAACAUUUUAUCCUUGAGAAACUUGUUUUGUAAAUACAAUUUCAUCGUGAAAAUUGAAAGACUCUCACCCUGUUGCGAAUAUGAAGGCUACAGCCAUGCCUUUCACCAUUGGGAUGGAGGCAAAGGCCAUGACAGACACUGUGGAAGCAGCAGCACCUCCCACCUGUGGCAACAGAAGAUGACAGGACAGUUGCUAUGUAGGCUGGAUUUUUUUAGAGGACAGAGUUGACUCUGUGGCUAUUUGGAGGUCUAAGGGGGAAGGUUCUUCAUUUUUGUAUUUCUCCAGUUUCCCCCUCUGCCUCUAUUAAUUUGGACAUUUAACUUUUGGCAUAAUCUUACCUGCCCUUUUUUCCCCCUGUAGCAACUGUCUCAGGAGUCACGUUUUCUAUGUGCAUAGGGUAAGAAGAGGUCGGCAAGUCCCAACACCACAGCAAACGCUACGGCUGUAGAGGGCAGGGGAAUGUUAAACCUUCAAGACAAGGAGGGUAGCAGCCCAGUCCCCUUUCGGUACAGUUUAUCUUCCUGAUGUGAUGCCGGAGACAUUGAGUUUCCUAGUUCUAGAUUGCCUCAGAGGACUUGAAGCUUGUAGCCCAUGAUUCCGGAUGGUCGUUCACCAAAGCAUAACCCUCACGGAACCACCGUUUCAUCCUCUUAGUUCCUGGGAGUUUGCUGUCGCUCAUCACUGAAGUGAGAGGAAGCCUGGGGGCUGGCACACUCAGCAAGCUGUAGCUUCUGUGUUUCUCUUCCACCUCUAGUUCUUGAAAACACUGUGCUAAGUAAAAUUAUUAUUAUUAUUAAAA